AGAUUUGCAGCAUGUUGAGAUUUUGGAUCCGCCACGUGGUACCGGUAUUAAAGCCUUUAUUCCGGGUCCUGAUGAGACAAUCACACAUUGUUAUCCAGAAAUACGCAUUAUGAACGAAAAUAACGUUGAGCAGCACUACUCUAGUGACGCGGAGUCCGUUGGCCUGGACAUCGAGGCUGCAGAAGUGGCCGUGAAACCGAAGGAGGUUAAGGUGGUGGAAGUGACGGACAGUGGCUACCCGUCCACCACUAUGUCCAACACGACCACCCAGUCGAGCACAGUGCACGAGAACAUCCAGUCAGUCACAGGACCGAAGUCCUCCGCUUCCGUUAAGAGGAAACUGUUCAGUUCGAAAAGUUCUUCGUUCUAUAACAUAGGAACUAUGGAUAAUGAUAAUAUGCCGAUGAUUGAUAUUGCUAAUGUGACUUUACUGGAAGAUACCCGUAGAAAUGAGAUGAUGAGACAAAAUACAGACAAGUCUAUUUCAUUCGAAUCGGAUAACUGUAAAACGUGCCAAAUUGAGCGACUUAGGCGGCAGGCGUAUUCGUUUGACUCUGACAGGGAGCGAUUCCAUAACUUACCACACAAGGUUCACUCGUAUGACAGUAGCAGUAGUCGAUACAAACACAAGCGGCCUGGGCACAGGCGACGAUGCGGGUGCAGCAGCCACCGGUCAGACCCACGCGACAAUAGCUACAAACGAACCUCCUCUUGUCACCACAGGCACCACGCCGGCGCGUGCGCGAGCACGACCGACCACCGUGGCGGCAGAAGCAAAUGCACGCGGACCAGACUCCCGACAUGGUCCAGUACCGAGAGCGACAACGCUCUGUGUAAAUGUUCAAUCAUUGACGAAUCAAAUCACAGGCGGAAGUACUAUACAUCACGAGGUGCCCUUUCAGAAACAGAUUAUGCAAAUUUGAAGGACUAUCGAGCCCACCGCGAGCCUAGGCGGAAACAACGCCCUCGUGAUAUACAUUCCAUUGACCAUACCCAAUCGUAUAAAAAUAAAAUGAUAAACUCUUUCCUGAUAGACACGUACCAGGCCAAGUGUCAGGCGUACUGUGACGCCAUGUUCGACCCCGACCGCCAUAGGGACAUGUUCCUGCCGCUGGAGACUGUGUCUCCUAGUCAGAGGCGUAUGGUGAAGCAGCCUAACACCGUUAGGCCCUUAGACAUGAGUGCAACCAGAGAGUCGCACAAUUACUCACAGGCGGUGGUUGAAAAGUCGGUGAAACGCGAAGAUAGCUAUAAUGCCCCGUUCACCUACCCUUUCUACACGAAUUCAAGGACAAUUGCUCCAAAACGGUUUGACUUUUCUGAAGAGUUCAUAUCACAGACUCAUGGUGCUAUGGCACGUGCAAGCCACGAGAAUGAAGGGUUCGAGGAUGAAGAGGACAAAACCCUCUCCUUUGACACCUCUGUGUACACCACGGAUGAAAGCGGUGUUCAGCUGUAUGAGCGGGACCUGGAGCCGACCAUACCAGUGAGUCCCGGGGUACAAGACCUGAGGCAGAAGGACUCGGCCUACCAAACAAAGCAGUCGUCCGUGGAAAAGUUUAGAGAAGACAGUACAUUUUCUCAUUCCGGUUCUAUAAAAGGAAAACACCAGUCCCUCAAGAAUAGACCAGACGCGAAGGUCCGCAAGCACCUGCACCAGGCGGCGCUGAAGCUUGCCAUGAUCAAGCGUCUACAGAACCGAAUGCACGUCUCUAAGGACAGCGCCGUGUGCACGUUCUCCGAGGAGGAUCUGUCAGCAGACGAUACAGACACUAGAAUGGUGCACCGGCCGCUAGCGAAGCGUCUGAGCUGCGGGUUGGCCUUCCAGCUGGGGGAAAUGAGUCUUUCGCAGGUGAAGGAGGAGCUCUCCGGUGUAUCCAGGGAUACAGACAACUAUAACACACCCACUAACGAGCCCGCUAACGACCACUCUGGGCCACCCGAUCACUCAGGCCAUCAUCCGGAGCCCACCGUUCCAAUGGCAACAUUCUCCUCGAGGUCGGAGAUUACGAGGGACAUCACCGCGAUUCUCCAUAUGGAGGAGACCCCUGUCUGAUACCAGCACGCCGUCUUGUGUUUACUUGUUAUAAUGUCUGUCAGCUCAUAUGUCCGUGUUUGACUCGGCUGGUUGCGAUGGUCAGUGGGA